CAUGAACUUCCUGUGCAAUGCGGGGUAGCUUCCGUGCAGUUCAUGAACCUUCCAUACAGUACACCUCCGGCCGAACUCCGCAGGAUUCAAACCUGAACCCUGACUCGCUCGCGUGGCGCACUGGCGCAUAGCGCCCUCCACAUCUUGUAUCGCACGAGUUCCGCCUCCAACUAGAAUCUUGCGAUUUUACACCUCGCACGUACGAUACUUCCAAACCCCCCACUCGAAGACCGCGCACCGCGCACCCACCGCCGCGAUGCAAGGCUUCAACAUGGGGCGGUACUACCCGCCCGACGCCUCGAACGCCCCGACCUUCAACAAAUCGCACCCGCUCGGCGCCCGCGCCAACAAGAUAUCGCAAGGCAUCUUGACCGUGCGCUUCGAGCUACCCUUCGCGGUGUGGUGUCAGCACUGCAAACCCGAAGCGAUCGUGGGCCAGGGUGUGCGCUUCAACGCCGCCAAGAAGAAGGUCGGCAACUUCUACAGCACGCCAAUAUGGAGUUUCCGCGUCAAGCACACGGCGUGUGGCGGCGAGUGGGAGAUCAGGACCGAUCCUAAGACGACGCAGUAUUUGUGUGUCGAGGGGUGUAGGAAGAGGGAUUAUGGGCCGGAGGACGUGGAGCGUGAGGGCGAGUUGGGGAUGAUGGGUGAGGCGGAGAGGGCGAAGAGGAGAGACGAUGCGUUUGCGGGACUGGAGGGCAAGUUGGAAGAUAAGGCGCGGGACAAGGGGAAUAAAGAGAGAGUCGAGGAGUUGUAUGAGCAGGCGGAGACCUGGAGGGACCCUUAUGAUGUUAAUGCGCGCUUGAGGAGGGAUAUGAGGGAGAAGAGGAAGGUGUGGAAGAAAGAGGAGAGGCAUAAGGAAGGAAUGCAAGAGAAGUUCAGCUUGGGGCUGGAUAUUGAGGACGAGACGGAUGCAGACAGACAGAAGGCUGGACUGAUUGAGUUUGGUGGUGCUGAAGACGUAGUGGAGAGCUGGAAACCCCUUUUUGCCUCGGCGCAUGCGGAGCGUACGGGCGACGUGAGCAGCAAACCUAGAACGAAGAAGCUCAAGGCGGAGCUGGCGGCAGAGAAGAGUCGAAACGAUCUACAGCAGAAGCUUGUUGGCAACACUCGCGCUGUUGUUGAUCCAUUUGUUUCUAGAGAAGCCACCUCGAAGAGUAGGCCCAAUCUUGGCUUGUUGAAGAGAAAGCGAAGCGUGGAGGCUGCACCAACUGCUCAAACUACGCUUUUGAAACCCAGCCCAGGGGAUGACAUUGCCGCGCCCGCUCACAGCCUCGCAGCAUUGGUCGGUUAUGACUCGGAUUGAAGAAGCCUACAUCCCGAA